AUGGCGCUUACGACAGACCAAGUCUCCGCUGUUGAGCAGUUGCGCGAGUUAACGAACGCAUCGGACGAUGAAAUAGCUAUCAGCGUCCUGCAAACUGUUGACUGGGAUGUUCAGCGGGCCACCGAACUUAUAUUCGGUACCACCUCGGACACGUCGCAUCGACCUGCCCCGCGCCAAAAAAUGGAGGUCUUUGAAUUCGACGACUCAGAAGAAUUCCGACCGGAUCCCCCACGUGCUCUUGCACGAGGGGGACCGUCGACCGUGUGGUCAUUCCUGACGCUGCCGCUGCAUUUCCUGACUUCCAUUCUCCGAUUCCUUUUCGGUGCUCUACGUAUACCGUUACCUCGCCCGUUUUCAUUCAAUCUUGCACUUUUCCGGCCUCGUGCCAACCGGCAUACGCAACGAGAAGGGGCAUCUGAGCGAUGGAUCCGAGGACUCGAGGAGGAGACCGGUGCAGUUUCCUACAGCACAGCGACAGCUGUAUCGGGUGUAGAGGCUGGCCCUUCCUCUUCAACGGGAACUCUGCACAAUCGGACUUCUGGAGUUGAAGGGCGGCGGGUUCUUCCCGACUUCGCAUUGUGUACAUAUGAGGAAGCUCUGGAAAGUUGCAAACGAGACCUACGGAUCGGUUCUACACUGACCGACCCCGCCCUGGUUCAGCUGAUGCAUGAGCAUAAUCUACUGGUCUGGGGUGGGGAUGUCAGGGAUACUGAUCCAUACGCUGCCUCGUUGCGACUGCAUGCGACGACAUAUCCUUUUGUAGCCUUCGUAGCCUUGCAGCCUCGGCGGGGCGUCCGACCAUCCAGUUCGUCGUCUGCCUCCGAGUCACUGACGGUCCUGUCUCGGCAUCAAGGCCCCUCAGUUCCUGCAGCAUCAGGUCCGACAGCUGCUCAAACGCUUAUCGACUAUCUCAACCACACGCUUUUACCUCGGGUCGAACCAUUCCUAGCACGUGUUCGAACUCAACGGGACGAUGAAGCUUUAGAGGCAUUUAGAAAGGAAGACGAAGCCGCGAGGAACAGGCGUCUGCGCGACGAGCAAGAUCGUGCAUUUGCUGCCACGGCUGCCAAAGAUGUUGCCCGGAUCGAGGCACUGAUGAAGGCGGAGCAGGAAGAAAAAGAAAGAAAACGGCGGGAGGAAGUAGAGGCGGAGGAGCGUGCUAUCAAAGAGGCAAUGGACCUGGAGAAACGAGAACAAAAGAAACAGGCCAGAGAUAUGUGGCGAGCAUGGACUCGCUAUGCGCUCGAAGAGUCGGACCGGCAGAACAAUGCAGACGUGCAUGGAGAUCGCGGGCAAUCCACGAUACGGCUCGCUAUCCGACUCCCUGACGGGUCACGCGUCGUGCGCAGUUUCGACCACCAACGUUCUCUGACAUAUCUCUAUGCCUUCAUUGACAGCAAGCUUGGGACGGAUGUUGCCUACGUUUCUUCAAAGUCCCCGCAAGGUCAUGAAUGGAGCGAGCUCGAGCGUGCGGUCGAAAGUCAAAUCGAGUUGGCAGGCUCAUACUUUCCAUUCAUUCUGACCUUGGCAUACCCUCGGAUCGAUAUUCCUUGGAGCAAACAGCAGACGAUCCACGACGUAGAUUGUCUUCGAAGUGGUGGUCAGGUUGUAGUGCGCUUCCUUGAUGACAACGUGUCCUAUGCAAGUCAAGCCGCUGAUGAUGACGGUUACGAAUCUGAAGAGUAG